AUGCUGGUUGUUCUUUUAUUUAUAUCUCUUAGUUUAGCAACUACUUCAUCAAUUACUAUUUCAUUGUAUCACAUUGGAGAAGAUUGGACCAUUAAAUAUGUUUCAGAUAACGAAGCAGUUGCAGUUGCAACAUAUGUAAUAAGUAAAGAAGCAAAAGGAUAUAACGAACUGAGUGUUCAUACAAAUAAGAAAUAUAGUGAUAAAGAACAAAUGUUUGCUACUGGAUUUGCUGAUGGAUUCUUUUCUGGAAAUAAUAUUAAUUUCCAUAAAGAGAAUAUGAACGCAUGGUAUCUUGACCAUUAUUUAGGAAAGGCAAAAGAUUAUCCAAAAUCAUUAUAUAAAUAUUUACAAGAUAAUAUCGAUUAUAUUAAUAAUCAAAUUAAGGCUAAUCCUGAAGAUCAAUAUUGGGUUUCUGUUGACUUAAUUAUGGAACAAGUUCGUGGUGUUACUGCUGGUCAUAAUUUUGCUGUUAAAUCAUCAGAAAGUAUGACAUUUUAUGAUAUGUUCUUCUAUGAAUCAUUCGGAGAUCUUUUAGAUCUUACAGCAGUACUUCCUAGUGAUGAUGAAGUUAAUGGAAUAGAACAUCCAAAAUGGUUUAUUAAAUAUGCUAAUAAUGAUAUUGAUUGGCAUUUAAAUUGGAAAUUAAGAACUAAAUGUUCUGGAUUAAUUAGAUAUGUUAAAGAAAAUCAUGAUAUUUAUGUGUCACAAGUUGCAUGGUUUAUGUAUGGUGCAAUGAAUCGAGUAAUGAAACAUUUUGAUAUUAACUUAAAUAAUGAAUAUUUAUCAGCUAAGAAAGUAUCUUUCUCAUCAUAUCCUGGAUUUGUUUUUUCAUUUGAUGAUUUUUAUAUGACUUCUAAUGACCUUGCUAUUAUUGAAACUACUUUCACUAAUUUUAAUACUACAUUAAAUCAAUACAUUCAUUCAAAUACACUUCUUGAUUGGAUUAGAAUUGUUCUUGCAGUUAGAGCAUCUAAAAAUGGUAAAGAAUUCCAUGAUAUCUUUGAAAAACAAAAUUCAGGAACAUAUAAUAAUCAAUGGAUUGUUGUUGAUUAUAAAUUGUUUAAUAGUGUUGAAUCUGGUAUUCCAGAAGGAACUUUAACUGUUAGUGAACAAAUUCCUGGUUAUGUAUUCUUUAAAGACUUCUCUACUUCAUUAGAAUCUACUGGUUACUUUGGUUCAUUUAACGUACCUGAAAUUCAAGAAACUAUUGAAAUGAGUAAUACUACUGCUAAUGCUCAAGGUAAUAAAGCAUUCUGGAACUCUCCAACUGAAUGUUGUAGAGCAAAAAUCUUUGAAAAAUAUGCACCAAAAGUAAUGAACAUGAAUGAUAUGAAAAAGAUGAUGAAAUAUAAUGACUACAAAAAUGAACCAUUAUCAAAAGACCCAACCACUGAACUUCAAGACCCAGGAGCUACUAUUGCUGCACGUUAUGAUUUAAGACCAAGUGAAUUAAAACCAUUACCAUUUGGUCAGAUGGAUGCUAAGAUUUGCGAUAAAAGUGGAUUUGAAACUCUUCAAUUCCAUGUCCAAGCUGGACCAACUCAUGACAAACAACCAUAUCUCGAUUUAGAAGUUUAUGAAAAACAAGGAUGGUUUAUUCCAGACAAAGGAGUUUUAAAAGUUUGGAAUUUCGAUUGGGAAGAAUUUAUUCCAAAAUAA